GUUCCGGUGCGGCUGCUCUCGGGGCGCUGCGGCCGAGCAAAAUGGCGGCGCUCCCAAGGCUUUCCCGGCUGCUCCUCGCCCGCGCCCCGCUCGGGCGGCGUACGCUGGCGGCGGUGGCGGCAGCGGGUCACGGGGAGGGCAACGUGGCUCGAACAUGGAAGCUCCUGACCUUUUUUGUUGCUUUGCCUGGUGUGGCAGUCUGCAUGUUGAACUGCUACUUAAAGGCGCAGCACAAGCAUGAGAGACCAGAGUUCAUUCCUUAUCCUCACCUCCGUAUCAGGACCAAGCCCUUCCCUUGGGGAGAUGGGAACAAAAGUCUAUUCCACAACCCGCAUGUCAAUCCUCUCCCAACUGGCUAUGAAGAUGAUCACUAAAGAUGUGGACCACAGCAACUUGAGCUACUGAUAUAUUCUGACCAGAACAUUUGUAUGGGACCUUUCAUCUAAACAAUUAUUCUGCAUUCCUGUACUGUAAGGUUAUAAAUGACAUUCUGACCCCUUGUACUGCACCUGUACAAGAGGUCACCUUAAAUAAAUAAUUCCACUUGGA